UACAUUCCCAGCAUGCUCGUUUUAGGCCUUUCAGUUGCCGUUUAGUCCCGAGGUGGCAGCUAGCCUGUUGAGAUUCGCCCGAGGCCUCGUCCGUAACUCCACCAAACUUGGCGCGUUCUACCAGAACGGCUCUCGUGCGACCCUGCAUGAUCGGCGUGCAAUCUUAGCGCGCGAGCGUCUCCUCGGCCCAUUGCAAUAACAAUGUUACGUUGAACUCGGUCUGUUAUGAAGAGACUCGCUCUGCCCUCCCCAGAUACCUUUAGCACAGUGUUUCGCGAUAGCUUCUUGCAGCGACCUCCAAGCUGGCGCUCGUCAUGGGGUAAUGAUAACUCCGGUUAGGCCUGUGCCGCGCCAUUCGGCAGGCUGCAGUUCGGACACUUGCUUACAGCUAACUCCGCGCGUACUUCUUGCCUCGCCCGAAGUGCACUUAUCAAUCCAACGUGCGCCGAAGUCCACCACAACUUGCAAAGUUUGUAAUCCCACCAUGACAUUCAAAAUAAUCUUGUCUGGCGUGACCGGCCGCAUUGGGGAGCAUGUUCUACAUCGUGCGCUCCAAGACACAACGAUCACAUCGGUCAUCGCGCUAUCUCGGCGCCCCUUACCCGACCUUGCGCGGCAAUCUAAAGUGAAUGUACUAGUGCUGGACGACUUCCAGGUAUAUCCUGAUGACGUUCUAACCGAGCUCUCCGGCGCUGACGCAUGCGUGUGGUGCAUGACAACGACUGCUGCAGACCCACUGCUAGAACUCGCGUAUCCGAGAGCUUUCGCGAGUGCGAUCGCGCCGAGCAUCGCUGAUCGGGCUAAGCGAUUCCGAUAUCUGCAUUUGAGUGGCGCAUUGGUGGAACGUGAUCAGAACAAAAUGUUGUGGAUGAAGGCGAACAUGAGAAAGACAAAGGGCCAGGGUGAAGUGCAGAUGAUCGAAGUCGCCAAUGAAUCAAUAUACGGCGGACUCUGGGAAACAAUCAUCGCGCGUCCCGGCAUGGUCGUUAAGAGGAGCAGUUACAUUGGAGAGGCGUCGAUGUGGCUCGCCGGUUCCUCGGGCUCGUUCAUCAGAGCGGACGAACUUGCUCUAGCACUGGUUGAUGCAGUGGUACAUGGCAGUGAUGAUCUUCUGUUUCCCCACACGCUACUGCAACGAGGCCAAGAGUUGGCCAGGAUUCAACAUUAGACAGAAUUAUUUGACAGGUCGAAGAAAUGUUGAAGAUUACGACAGCGGCCCUGUUUGAGACUCGUAAUCUUUCCGGUCUUAUGGCAGACUCAUGCUAUGAUGGAAGUUGCUCAGACGCCGUGACAUUGCAAAUGACUGCGCUUCCUCAUGCGUACAUAUCGUCGUAGUCCUCUUCAUCGUCUUCGACGGGUGGAGGGGGGGGCUGCUUC